AUGCCAUCGCUUGAGGCUGCGCUGUUCUUUUUUGGAGUCGUCUCCUUGCUUUGCCUUCUCGUCCACCGGCUCUGGCUCUCACCACUGGCCAAAUUCCCUGGUCCCAAGCUUGCCGCCGCGACACUAUGGUACGAGACCUAUUACGAUGUGUUUUGCUGGGGACGAUAUGGGUUUGAGAUCGCGAAUAUGCAUGAGAAAUACGGGCCGAUCGUGCGCAUUAGCCCCCAUGAGCUUCAUGUCAACGAUCCCGAUUUUUACGAGGUGCUUUACUCGCGAGAUAGUCCACGGAACAAAUAUGAAUACUUCACCAGGCAGUUUGGCGUCACUGGAUCGAUGGCCUCGACCGUGGACCAUUACCGCCACCGCCUCCUGCGCUCGAACAUGAACCCGUACUUUUCGAUGGCGCGCGUUCGCAAACAAGAACCCGUUAUCCAAACGCUCGUGGAUAAGCUUUUCAAUCGCCUGCAGGCGUACAAGGGUACGGGAUCACCGGUGAACCUGCAGCAUGCACUCACUUGCUUUACGACCGACGUUGUCUCUGAUUAUACGAUGGGAUCUGGAUACAAUUACCUAGACGAACCGGAUUUCAUCCCCGAUUGGAGCAACACACUGGCUGGAAGUGCAAAGAGUGGGGUCUAUAUUCGAACCUGGCCCUGGUUGGGGCAGGUGUUUGCUGCGAUGCCUUCGUGGCUGCUUUUUAAAGUUUACCCCGGCAUGGGAUUGGUCGCCCAAUUUCAGGAACGCUGCAACAACGUUGUUCAGUCAAUCAUGGAGGAGCAAAAGUCCGAGGGGUAUGGAAAAGUGAAGAGUGGAUUGAGCAAGCCGACAUUCUUUCACGAUGUUUUGAACAGCGAUCUUCCCCCGGAGGAGAAGGCGCCUGCACGUUUGGCGCAGGAGGUGCAAGUCCUUAUCGGGGCAGGCGGAGAGACAACCGCGAAGAUGUUAGCGUGGACUAUUUACUACCUGCUCGAGAACCCAGAGAAGAUGAACAAAUUGAAAGGCGAGAUGGACCGACUCGAUCCGAAUGGGACAGCCACUCUGGUUGAGUAUGAGCAGAUGCCGUAUCUGGUGAGUGCCUGUCCACCUUUGGAAAAUACUUACUUAUUGUCGCAGAUAUGCGUUAUGCUCGAGGGUCUCAGGUAA